AUGGAUACAAAAAGCGAUCAACUACAACGAACACAACUACCACAACAACCACAGCAACCACAACAACCACAGCAACCACAACAGCCACAACAUUCGCUACUCACGUUUAAUGUAUCACUUGAGCCUUACUCAAAAUCACUAUAUUUAGAAACGAGAUUCCAAGGAAGAGUAAUUUUAAAUGAAUAUAUCGUAAUUCCGGAAGCAGCUGACAUAUUUAAAGAAAUUCUAAGGAAAAAAGAAAAAGUACUUCUGGGCAAAAGUCCUAAUUCGUUUUUAAUAUUUCGCGGCUUGAUCCAGACAUUAUUUAAAGGCUAUGGACUGGAAAGAUGCUAUGUCUCUAUGAUUGCUAGUUCAGCAUGGAAAAAUGCACCAGAAGAAAUAAAGGCCUAUUUUAAAUGUAUAUUUGAAGAAGUCAAAACGCUGAUCAAGGCUAAAAAUUCAUCGGAGAAUUCUGUGCAAGUUAUUACUUCCUCAACUUCUGAAUCUUAUAAUGAUUUACGGAACGGGUUUCCUUGCUUUUAUGAAAAUUCCUAUCCGUACUAUCUCAAUAAUAAUAAACAACUAUUUUCACAGCCUCAAACAUCUUACCAGCAAGAUUUUUCCGACUUGGAAAAUUUAUAUGCAUGUAUACCAGCCUUAGCAAAUUUCGAAGAUAUGGCAACAUCAACUUAUUUCCUCAAUUGA